AUGUCUGGACCAAGGAUACAAAUCAACGAUGAGCCAACCCCCGCGGACACAACACACAAUACUCGCAAAACACUCCAUCAGAAUAUAUUCGGCAAACUACGACCUGUACCCCUGCAGUACCACUGGACAGUCUGGUUUGACAAGCACAGUCCAGUCAGUAACAACUCCAGUCCAAAUAGCAACAGUAGCAGCAGCGACACCCAAAAACAAGAACAGUAUMCCUCCCGCCUCACCAUCCUCUACGAGGACAUCUCUGACAUCGCCACUUUCUAUCGAGUAUACAACAACUAUCCCUGGGACAAGAUCCGUCUCCGUGAUACAGUACACAUAUUCCGCAAGGGCGUAAAACCGGUAUGGGAAGACCCCGAGAAUCUGCAUGGUGGAUGCUGGACGUUCCGCGUACCGAAGGCCAAGGGGCAGGAUUUUUUCCAUGAAGUUGCUAUUUUGGCGAUGGGGAAUGAGCUGCAGGCUGCUGUUGAGAACGAGCAUGACCAUGUGAUUGGAGUCAGCAUCUCGAUACGAUUCAAUACGCAUUUGAUAUCUGUCUGGAAUAAGCUUGGUUCCAAUGAACGUUCAGUCAAGAUUCUUGAGCAGACUAUCAUUGCUCGAAUAUCACCGGAGUUAAGGCCGGCUGAUAAUAAAAAUUUUGCUUCUUCUUAUUUCUAUAAGAGGCAUGCGGAUCAUGAAGGGUUUCAGGAGGCGGUUGAGCGAGCGAGGAGUUCCGAAGAGGAGUGA